UUUUUGUUAAAACAAAUUACUUCUUUUACAUGUUAAAAACGUCGGACGUUGAUGUGGGCGGAGAAAUGGAGAGAAAAAUUUGUAGCGGCGACAGUGCUCCCUUGAAUCCGACCCUAGAGACAAUUCAACCGCAUUCGGGGCCCAUCGACACCGAUUUCCUGCGUGCACGGUCCCAACGCCUCGCGGCCCGUCUGCACCAGGCUUGCCGAGAGAUGGAGUUGCAGUCGAAAAGUGCAAGUAUCAACGCAUCACUGCCAUCAGAUAUGUGGUGUAGUCCUACAGCACCACCUAUUGAACAGCCGUCACAGACAAGCAACGGAGCUGCACGCUCCGCAGGCUCCGUUAUGGUCGGGGCUUCAAUUCCAAUGAACGUGCAAUAUCACUUGCCAGGACCAUCUAACACUGCGGCGCCGGAGCAGAUGCCAAUGCAUACAAAUCCGCCCCAAGUGGAGGCUCAUAUGAAGCCAGCCAACUCGACAGCCCGACAACCUGUUAAGCAAAGAAAAAGGUCUAAGCGAGCCCUCAGGGAGGAGGUAACCGCUCUACAGGAGCUAGUUCAAAAGAUUUCAUUGCUGUCUCCAGAGGUCAAUGCGUACGCGGCUCGCCUCAUUCGCCAAAGUGAUGUGCUGGCGCAGCUGGAUUGGACACCCCCUGAUGACAAGGGCCGACAACAGGUAGCUAUGUCUCCACAAUUUAAUCCUCGCCAAAUGCCCCAGCGUAUUGGCGGUGGCAACGACGUUAAUCGAAGGCAUCAGCACGGGAAUGAGGAAACCAAACGACGCGAGUCGGAGGUGUCAAGCGCAAGCAGCAACAGCGCCACAACAAACAACAAGCAAAAAGCGACCACACAAGAAGCCAAAUCCGCACGGAAGCGCAAAAGUAAGAAACGAGACGCGGCGGCAGGUGAAAACACUAAAACACAGUCAUUAAAGACCGAACUGGAGGCGAUGCGCGCGUAUAUCAACAAGAUUGUUCGGAACUACAUAGGUGCGGAGCACAAACUUCCAGCAAGUUUGAAAUUUACUGGGGACUUUUCCGACCUGGAGGCCCAUGCGCAGCGCCUUGCAAAAGAAGGGCUUGGUCGCGUCGUCGAGGAUGAAAUUCGAGUAAAUCGCAAAAACAAUAAGCAGGCGUUUAUCACAAUGUCCACUGAUCGUGAAGGUCUCGAGCGUGACGGUAUUGUACUGUUGCCAGUGGCUCGACGCUACGCCUUCGAAGGGGAUACGGUGCGUGCCUUCGUUUUAAAUGUUGGCGCUCAAUCCAUGACCCUCGCCGAAGACGAGGAGUUCUCUGAGGAGACCGCGUCACAGGACUCGGACGCCGAUGCUGACAAUGUUGUCGUAAUAUCGUCAGACAACUGCCCCAAGGCGUUCGUCAUAGGGAUUGUAAAGCAAACCGAGCUUCGCCAAAUUGUCGGUUCUAUAUCGUUUACCAAUCCAACGGAGCUUUCUAAGGGUCAUUUGUUUUACAAGUUUCGCCCCUUCGAUCUGCGCCUUCCGAUGGUCUACAUACCGGAAGAAACCUGCAAGAAGCACAUAGGAAACAAACAGCCAGCUGAAGUGUGUGGCCUGCUCUACUUAGCCCACAUCCUCGAGACUGACUGCAAUGGCCACUGUAUUGCGGAAUUGAUUCAGCCAGUGGGCCGCAUUGGUAAUUUGCCGGACGAAAUCAAGGCCAUUAUGAUCCACAACAACUUGAGCGAUAUAAAACCUUUCGAGCAACGAUUUAACGACAUGUUCGUAAACCAAAUUCCUCCGGGGAGCACGAAAGAUCUAGACAAACGUCAGGACUUGCGGAAGAAAUGCAUAUUUACCAUAGAUCCACUGACUGCGCGUGACCUGGAUGACGCAGUCUCCAUUGAGCAGCUGGGAGAUAACGAGUAUGAGAUCGGCGUGCACAUAUCUGACGUGUCUCACUACCUUGAAGAGGACUCCGAGUUGGACAAUAUCGUCAAAGAGCGUUCGACGUCAAUAUAUCUGGCAAACGAAGUUAUCCACAUGCUUCCGCAAACGCUCUGCAUGCGCUGUUCUCUACUGCCUGGUGAGGAUAAGCUUGCGUUUUCGGUGUUUUGGCGUAUGGACAGAAACGGGGUGCAGCUGCAGGAAAAGCCCCGGUUUACUCGCACCAUUAUUAGGUCCUGCACUCAGUUUGCCUACGAGCACGCCCAGAAGAUCAUUGAUAAUCCGCACGAGCGCUUCACUGAACACGAUUUCCCCACCGUCCUGAACGGCUUUCAAGCCAGUGAUGUAGUAAAGCGAGUGCUCUGCCUAAAUGGCAUUGCGAGCUCGCUGCGUAAAGCACGCUAUGAAAAAGGGUCCAUUAGUUUCAACAAUCCCAAGCUGCGCUUUGUCCUCGAUCCAAUCAGUGGCGAGCCAGAAGACUUUGAGGUGGAGAUGCAGAGAGAGGCUAAUCGCAUGAUAGAAGAGUAUAUGCUUUUGGCCAACCAGGCUGUGGCGCGGUUUAUAUACGACGCGUUCCCGGAGAUUGCCGUGCUUCGCAAUCACCCGCCGCCGCUUAUGAAGUCACUAAAGGCAUUGCGGGAGAAGUUUCAGACCUUGGGCUUUAAUUUGGACUACAGCUCUUCCAAGGCCCUUCAACAGAGCAUCAUAAGAAUGUGCCAAGAGGCCCCCAAUCCCCUUGCGAUGAGCUUCUGCCUCAGUCGCCUGCUGAUGAAACCGAUGGCAAGGGCUAACUACUUUUGCAGCGAAGGAAGAACUGAGCCGGCCGAUCUCUGGCACUACGCCCUAUCUAUUCCUAUCUACACCCACUUCACCAGCCCGAUUCGUCGCUAUCCCGACGUAAUGGUGCAUCGUCUACUGGCAGCUGCGCUUCACUACUGCCCACCCCCGUGCCGUACUCCCGCAGAUCUGCACUCGCUAAUAAAAAUUGCGAACGAGCGCAAGUACAAUGCCAAAAAUGCAGGCGACGAGUCGUGCAACUUGUACUUCAAACGAUACGUGGGCAACAAGCAGCGAGUCCGCAUGACCGCUGUGGUCAUGGAAAUAUACCAGCACAUGAUGAAUGUAGUUACCCUGGAAUCGGGGCAUGUUAUCAGCAUUAACUACAAAACGCAGAAGGUUCUCGUGAACGCACAGAAUGCGCCCAACUUUAUAUUGAUCGCCGAGCUCAACGUGAGGCAGACGCCCCGCAAGUUGCAGUUGCUUUCCGUGGUACCCAUUUACCUUAUGAUACGGGACAACAAGUUGACUGGGUUUCUGCAUAUCGAGAGCCAGCAUCCACUGAACACGCCCAAAAAUCAGCUAAGCGGUAAAAACAAGCUAAAGUCGCUGCACAAUCAGCAACAACGAUCGACCAACUGUGACACUGCCAACAGUUUACGGCCUACUACCUCAAAUGUUGUUGGGUCUCAAGCACAAGCGCAGGUCCACCACCAGCAACAAAACCUGGCGCGCAUACGCCAGCAACAGCAAUACCACCCAAAUUCACAGCAGCGGGUCUAUAGCAUGCGGCAAAACAGUCUAUAAUUAUACUUUUAUAGUAUAUAAUUUACUUUUUUGGCCGCAGUCGUUACCCAAACAUAUCUGAUCCGAAAGUUUCAGCCAAAACUUAUUCAUACAUAUUCAAACAUAGCUAGGCGAAAGCUAGGCCUAAAUUAAAUCUGUGAUGCUCCAUCUACUUAUUCAUAGCACAUGCAUAUCUAAGUGAGCUCUAUAGAAAUUAUUGAGUUGUCUAAAUUGUAAAGCUUUUAGAAAACAAAUUCAAAUUGCAGAAUGUCCCGAACAAUAAAUCAAAAUCAAACAACUGUCAGUACCGUAUCUCGUACGCACGUACGGUACGCAGAAUACACAAAGAAAUUAUACAAACAAAUUGAUUCUCGUCCGUCCGGUUUUCCCGCACUCUCAUUGCAAAUAAACAUUGAUCUCUCAAUACUGGUUUAUCGAUUCAGAAGUAAAUAAAAUGUUCCUUUUGCCAGUAUCGCCCUAUAAUAAUA